UCUUGGUGUGUUUAUAUACUUAUCCUCUAUGUUCUGUGGUGGUGAACGAAGGUUUAUAAAUGCAUUUUGACUCAGUGAACUUGCUGUAGAUGUUUAUAUAUAACCGUCGGUGUUGAGGUAUUGCUCAGAUUCAACUACAGGUUUCUCACAAGCAAGGCACACGGCAAGGCACCCGGGCAAGAUGACUACUCAGGGUAAAAUGGGUGUGGCACAAAGGCUGAUGUUUUGGAAACGACAGGACGGGAUUUCCCCCGAGGAAGCGAUAGAGCGCCUUCGCAAUCUGCAAGAACUUCUGUCUAAAAAAACCGAUUACCUUGAAAACAAAGUUGAUGCUGAAACGAAAACUGCAUUGGAAAACAGAGUGAAGAAUAAGAGAGCCGCACUCCAGGCCCUGCGACGUCGUAAGCGAUAUGAGAAGCAGCUGCAACAAGUGGACGGAACGACGGCGUCACUGGAGGUGCAGUUGGAGGCAUUAACAUCGGCUUCGGUGAAUGCCGAAGUCGUGAAGUGCCUGAAGUUGACGUCAGAGACGAUGCAACGUACCUUCGGCAACAUGACAGCGGACAAGGUGGCGGACCUGAGAGAUGAGGUGUCGGACAUGAUGGAGGAUGCAGAGGAAAUCGGGGGCAUCCUGGCACAGCCUCUUGGCGGCGAGGAAUUCGAUGACGAUGAUCUUCUGGCGGAGCUUGAGGUAAUGGAGCAGAACGAGCUCACAGACAAACUGUGCAACAUGCAGUUCCCUUCUGUGCCCACUGAGAAGGUCAAGGUAAAAGACGACAAGAAGACCGGGAAAGAGAAAGAGGAAGAGGAAGAAAAAGAAGAACUGAGGAAGUUGGCUGAAUGGAUGUGACGUGGCUCUACAAGGGGUGACGUCACAUCAUUCUGUUCGAUCCAGUGGGUGUUAUCUCCCGUCUACUAGUAUUUAAUGCUAGUAUUUUUCAGUGUGGAAUCUUGUACAGUAGAUGGCGUAUGCACAUAGUAACUGUUAAAUACAGAAAUGUAUGUUGUAUUACUAUACAGCUUUACAUGGCCUCGGCAAUAUUGCAUGCAUCACGAUUUAUUACUAAAUUUAGUUAUGAGAUCUGUUAUAUGUAUGCAUAUACCAUUAUAUGUACAAUGUAUGUGGUAAGUUUCAAUAGAUGUCUUAAGUCUCAGUGUUGCCUUAUUGUGUGAUAUAUGACAUCUAAUAAAUGGGUAUACAACACAGCGUGACAUGAUGCCUGAUAGUUAGGUAUGUCUGCUAAUAGCGGGAUUGACCGGAUAGUGUGGUAUGUCUGCUAAUAGCGGGAUUGACCGGAUAGUGUGGUAUAUCUGCUAAUAGCGGGAUUGACCGGAUAGUGUGGUAUGUCUGCUAAUAGCGGAAUUGACCGGAUAGUGUGGCAUGUCAUCUAAUAGCGGGAUUGACCUGACAGUGUGGUAUGUCUGCUAAUAGCGGGAUUGAUCAGAUAGUGUGGUAUGUCUGCUAAUAGUGGGAUUGAUCAGAUAGUGUGGUAUGUCUGCUAAUAGCGGGAUUGACCGGAUAGUGUGGUAUAUCUGCUAAUAGCGGAAUUGACCGGAUAGUGUGGCAUGUCAUCUAAUAGCGGGAUUAACCUGACAGUGUGGUAUGUCUGCUAAUAGCGGGAUUGACCGGAUAGUGUGGUAUGUCUGCUAAUAGCGGGAUUGACCUGACAGUGUGGUAUGUCUGCUAAUAGCGGAAUUGACCUGACAGUGUGGUAUGUCUGCUAAUAGCGGGAUUGACCGGAUAGUGUGAUAUGUCUGCUAAUAGCGGGAUUGAUCAGAUAGUGUGGUAUGUCUUCUAAUAGCAGGAUUGACCGGAUAGUGUGGUUUGUCUGCUAAUAACGGCAUUAACCGGAUAGUGUGGUAUGUCUGCUAAUAGCGGGAUUGACUGGAUACUGUGGUAUGUCUGCUAAUAGCGGGAUUAACCGGAUACUGUGGUAUGUCUGCUAAUAGCGGGAUUGACCGGAUAGAGUGGUAUGUCUGCUAAUAGCGGAAUUGACCAGAUAGUGUGGUAUGUCUGCAUAUAGCGGGAUUGACCUGAUAAUGUGGUUUGUCUGCUAAAAGCUGGAUUGACAUCAGGAUUGGCCGAAUUUGAGGGUUUUUUCUCAAUGAGGUGUACAUAUGUCCAACGCUUCACAGCAGUUACAUGUACAAAAUCAUCUGUCUUUGGUUCGUGUUAUCCUCACAACAUAUUGCUUAUUGUUCAUACAUUGAAAAUCAUUUGCAUUUGUACAGGAAUAUUAGAUUAUCACAUAUAGCAAUAAUACUACAUAAAAAUGUAUGGUAUGUGUUGACUCAUAAAAGAAAUGGAAGGA